UGGAAGUUUGGCUUGGGGCACAGAGCAGAGAGCUCCUCACUCCCCACAAGACACAGAUGUAGGGAUUAUUUUCCCCAAAGAUGGUUCUUUCCCACCCUCCCCGAUGGCUCUGCAGUGAAUCUGCAUUAAAAACAGCCCUACAGAGAAUGGAUGUCACUUGGAAAUCUCCCAGCCCUGGGGGGUAGGAAAGCUGUGCAUCCUCAGAGACUCCUGGCAGCUUUAUUAGUGAUUUAAGUAAUACAGAUGCAGAGAGCUGCAAGACAGAUGCCCACACCCCCCCUUUGUAGUGAUGUUGCUUCUGAUUUUAGCAUCCUAAAGGGAUCCAGCUCCCCAGCACCAGUGGGAUCUCUCUGGGAUGGAGAAACAAUCAUGAUCUUGACAUGGCAUCAAACCUCAGCUUCCCACUCCUCUUGUGAUGGGAAUGAGGAUGGGAUACCUGAGCUCUGAAGUGAUCAUCCCUUGAGCUUUGGAUGUGCUGCUCCAGGCAGAGUCCAUCCAUAGCUACAGAUCCACAGCGAGACCUUUCCUUCUGCGGGGCUGAUGGAAUGCUGGGACUCGAGAUACAUUCUGACAGCUCCUGGCAGGGGUGACCUGUGAGGGGGAGGUUUCCUGGAGCUGGGUGCCAACAUCCUGAGGCCAGUGGAGCGGGCAGGCAGGCAGGGCACUGGAUUUUGGCUCGGUAGGACCGAUCCUAUCCUCUGCUGUGGGAAUGUUCAUCAUAUUAGAGCCUCUCUGACCGCGCUGUCGGCACAGAAACACCGGCAGGGAGGACGGGUCAAAGGCAUGCCAGCUUUUCCAUGAUGCCUGGCCAGUCACAUCAGCCAUGACCUGGAGGGACAGGCACAAGAGGUAGUUUGGUCUUCUUAGCGAGCUCAGCCCGGAGCUCAUCCCCCUGAGGAGAGACCUCUGGAUGUGUUGAAGGAUGAGUGGGAUAAUUCCAACUCCUGCUGCUCCCUGGUGAGCUGGGACACCAAACUCGAACCGCUUUAGACCUGAAGUUGGACUUUACCUGCAGUCCUGCUCUUGGAAGGAAAUGCUGUCUCUCCUCUCUGACCACCCCUCAACUCUCAACGUCUUCCACUGAACAGUUGACUUUCCACGCUACGAGGCAAGGAUCAAAUGGGUUGAGGACAACUGACCCUUCUUGGCUUUGGCAAAGAGGAUUCUUUGGUGCAUUUUUAAGUGCCAGGACAUGAAACAGUAAAUCCCUUCUUCCUGCGCUCCUGCCUCCUGCAAGCCAGCCCCGACUGCGGUCCAAGCCAGCCAGUUAAAGGGUUAACCAUAGCUGGAUGCCUGAAUGGCUGCCUUACUGAUCCCACGGAGGAACAGAGGGAUGAGGACUCGCCUGGGCUGCCUGUCUCACAAAUCAGACUCAUAUAAUGAUUUCACAGCUAUUCUUCCGGACAAGCCCAACCGGGCUUUGAAAAGACUGUCAACAGAAGAAGCGACGAGAUGGGCAGAAUCUUUUGAUGUCCUUUUGUCCCAUAAAUAUGGGCUGGCAGCUUUCCGUGCUUUCCUGAAGACAGAGUUCAGCGAGGAGAACCUGGAGUUCUGGCUGGCCUGCGAGGACUUCAAGAAGACGCGCUCGGCGGCCAAGCUGGCCUCCAAGGCCCAGCGCAUCUUCGAGGAGUUCAUCGACGUGCAGGCCCCUCGGGAGGUGAACAUAGACUUCCAGACUCGGGAGCUGACGAGAAGAAAUGUGCAGGAGCCCUCCCUCUCUUGCUUUGACCAAGCUCAGGGGAAGGUGCACAGCCUGAUGGAGAAAGACUCGUACCCCAGGUUCCUGAGAUCCAAAAUUUACACAGACCUGCUGUCUCAGACCCAGAGGAGGCUCAGCUAGAGCAGCCAUGGGGCCCUCAGAAACCACAACAGCCAAAACCCAUGUCUAAAUGUGAAACUUUCUUGGUGUUAAAAGCAGUGGGAACGGGAAAAGAGGGAGAAGGGGCAGAGGAAGCUUCCAGAGAGUGAUCCAGAUGUGGUAUUAAGACUCUUUGGCUUUCUGUGCUUUUGGUUUAUUUUUGGUUAGCAGUAGCACCUCGCAGUCGUUGCCUCUCUCUAACACAAACCCAGAACCCUCUUGAGUCAUCUGUGGGCAAGGCAGGUUUCCUUUAAAAUUGCUGGGUUGGUUUGUGUGUAAAUAACACCUUUCCAUCCUCCCACACAUCUCCCUGUCUCUCACCUCUCCUUUGUGCUCGGAAGGGCCCCAAGGGCAGUUCUGACACUUGUGCAGCCACAUCCAGCCCACCUCUCCCAGGGGUCUGGACCCAGAGGCCAAGGGGAGGGAGAGAGGAGACAAAAGCACAGGAUUUAUUCCCUUUCCUGGAGUGGAAACCAUCAGCAAACUCAGCUCACCUCCCCAUUAUGUUUGCACACCUCAUGACGUGGCUGCCACCCUGUCACUGACCCUUUUCCUUCAGGGAUGGAGACUCGGAGUAUUCUCCACAGGACUGUGUGAGGAGCUGAGUUUUCCUCAUCAGGAAAGUCAUCCCAAAAGCUCUCACUAGGCCUGGGCAGUCAAGUCUUCUAAUGUGAAUGAUUGUUUUUCAUGGCUAUUAUUUAUUUGUGCGGUAUUUCAGUCUCAGGGCCCCAGUCGUCAUUCAGACUCUGUUGUGCUGGGCACUGGACCAAAUCCUUGCACAAAGGGGCUCCUGGUGGCUCCUCAGGAAAGACCUGGAAAGAGUGGAGAGAAGCAAUGUCCCCUCUGCCCCUUGCUGAGGUGUAAGAAAAGCACAGCAGAUGGCAUUUUUCACUUGGUGCACGGCAAGGUGAAAAAUCACAUUUUUCUUAUUUGAUUACUGAUUACUGACUGUUCCUACUCACUGCCAGUCCACUGUGGGUUCAGAACUCCCCAAGACACACACCCUGCUGCAGGGUGCUUGCUUCCAGUGGGACACAGAGAGCAUGGAGUGAGCAGGAUGGGUGUCUGGGUGUGCAGUGGGGUGUGAGGUGCUCCUUGGCCCUAUUCCCAUAGCCUGGAUGGUCACUGCAGGAGAAGGCUCUGUGCAGAUGUCAGGGGUGUAGCACCUCCUCUGUGCUGGGCAAUAAUUCCUACCAUCUGAUGGCCCCAUUUCCAUGGCACUGCUGCUCCAGCUUGGCAGAUUCUUGCAAUAUUUUUGAGGGGAGAAGCAGACAGCCUGUCUGUGGAUUUGAGCCGACAGAGCAGAGGUCUGUUUUCUUAAUUUAAUGAAGGCCUGGAAAGUGACCCUAUGGAUCUUUUCCUUCUCUCAGUCAUCCCCAGACCAGAGGCUGUCAAACUCUGCUCCAGCCAAGGGUGGUGGGUGGGUUUGAUACAUCAGAAAGCUGCUGAUAAAGACUUUGUGUAACAUGGUGUAAAUGAAAUAGAAUGAACUCUAAAGCCAAGCACAGUGUAUUUGGAACAAGAUAAAAAAAAAAAAAAAAGUCUGGCUGGAUAUUAAAAAUCACUGUCUAUUAAUUAAGUAGGAGACAGCUUUUUGAGGCUUUUUGCAAGGAUGAUGUGCAGGGCAGUAGGACAAAUAGGUUUAGGAUCAAGACAGAGGUGGUAACCACGCUGGGUUUAUUCUGGAGGUGUG